GAGGAACUUCCAUAUGGUUUGAUAUAAAGCCAAAAAUAGAAAAAUAACAAAACAAAUAGGUGUGAACAAGCAGUAAGGACCUUUUCAUCUCUACAUUUUCAUUUGACAGGAUCUUCUCUCCGGUUAAUAUAUAUAUAUAUAUAGGAUUGGGAUCAUAUCAACUCAAAAGAAGCAAAGCAAAUAAAACUCCUCUCCAAAGUCACCCACUAGCAUACCAAAACAAAAACAUACCAAAACAUUAGAACAAAAUGGCCAGGAAGAGAAAGGCAGGUCAAGGUGUGGAUGAGAAGAACAGUGAUGAAGGAAAUAUGGCUUGGGAUGAGAUGGUAAAGGAAGCAGCCACUGCUGCAGCACUGGGAGGAGCGCGUAGAGCCCGGAAGAGAUUCGUGGGGGUUCGACAAAGGCCAUCAGGGAGAUGGGUGGCUGAGAUAAAGGACACCAUACAGAAGAUAAGGGUGUGGUUAGGCACCUUUGACACAGCUGAAGAAGCAGCCAGGGCCUAUGAUGAGGCUGCUUGCUUGCUCCGUGGUGCCAAUACUCGAACAAACUUCUGGCCUUGUUCUCCAUCAUCUUCUUCCACUCCAGCCCUCCCCUCUAAGAUCACUAACCUUCUCCUCCAUAGGCUCAAAGCAAGAAACAGCUCUUUAGCUUCUUCAUCUAUCUCUUCUGUCCCCAUUAACCAACAGUUUAAUCAACAAGAAGAGUAUAAAGACGAAGAAGCUGAGUUUACAGACUCCCAAUUCACUGAUUUCCUUAAUGACCCUGAAGAUUACAACACCAUAGAAAACAAUAUGAGCACUAAUGCUAGUGCAAGCACUAGUGAUCACUACAUGAACACGACUUUCGAAUCAUGUUUAACUGAGAAGGAAAAUUCCGGGGCUAGUGAAUUGGACUUGGACAACAAUUGGGUUGAUGUAGGUCAGAGUUGUAGUACUGGUGAUGCUAAUUUUGGCGGAGAGGUUGAAGAAGAUGGUGAAGAAGAAGAGGGCACUGAAAUUGGGGUUGUGGAUUUCCAAUUUGUCGAUGAAGUUGACUCGUGCUAUUGUUCUCCUUUUGAGAUUGCUGAGGAAAUAGCAGAGCCUAUGGAGCAGGAGGUGUAUGGAGACGAGCCAUCUAUGCUCAGAGAGGCCAUGAAGAGGAUGAAGUAUGAGAGGAAGUUUUCGGCUUCUCUCUAUGCCUUCAAUGGGAUACCUGAGUGCUUGAAGUUGAAGCUUGGAUCUGCUAAUGGCAAGCCGAGAGGACACUCACACUCUGAUCAGUUGAGCAACCUCAGGAGUGCAUGUAGCAAGAAUCAAGAGCAGGAGGAGAAGGAAGUGGAAGAAGAAAGUGCGGAUUUGAUGAGGAACGAAAAGGAGGGAAGCCCAGAAAAUUCAAUAGAUAUGCAGUCACCUCCCGCGAAUAAUGAUGGUGAAUUGUCACUUUGGAGCUCCCUUGAUCUCCCACCCAUCUGCUUUGUCAAUUAACUGGUAAAAAAAAACAACAACAGUUUUCAUUGUUUCAACAGGAAAUGUAAUGUCUUUUUUCUGUUCUGAAUUGCUCUGUAACUUUGUUUCCUAUGUAACUUUGUUUCCUCUGUCCAUGAGGAUUGAAUAAUUUAGGAUAACUGAGGGAUGUUGAAUAUGAAAUGAUCAUCUGAUGUAAUAUCACUGAGAAAUUAUAGAUUUCUGCAGGGCUUUUUGACUAUCAAAUAUGAAUACUUUUUACAAGUUAAAUUUA